AGAGCACUAAAUCGCGUAACAAAGUCACGAAGUCUAUACAACUGUUUUCCUCCUCCAGUCUGCCUUGUGGCGUCUGACAACACUUUAAUAUAAUAUGAUAAACGUUGUUUAUUUAAUAUUAUUGUUUAUUUAAUUUAUUACGAAUUUUUAGACCGUGAUUUUAAGCAUUUCUGUAUGUGAAUGUACGUCAGUUCUAAUCACAUCCUGGUCAAGUGUCUCUGUAGUGGUAUAGAGAGACGGAACACCGAACAAUUUGUACACAAAAUGGUCAGCAAUUUCCGAGCAUGGUUACUACUUACUGCAGUAGGAUGCUUCACAUUUGUUUCUUCGGCUCCUGCUGCCUUAACAACUACAAAAACGAAGAGUAAUCCGGAUAAAUGCAAGCCACUGGUCAUAGCCCAUAGAGGUGCGAGCGGCUACGUGCCCGAGCAUACGCUGGGGUCUUACGCUCUUGCCAUUACAAUGGGUGCUGAUUAUGUAGAACCAGAUUUGGUGAUGACUCGAGAUGGACACCUUGUUGCGAGGCACGAUAACGAACUUGGACUUACCACAGAUGUUGCCAAACACCCAGAAUUCGCCGAUCGCCAUAAAACAAAGACCAUCGACGGCCACGUAAUGACAGGCUGGUUCACCGAAGACUUCACUCUUGCUGAAAUCAAAACACUAAAAGCAAUCGAACGCAUACCAGAAACGAGACCGGGAAACGCCCGUAUGGACGGCAUUUUCCAAAUCCCGACUUUCCAAGAAAUAAUUAAUCUUGUGAAAAGCUUACAAAUAAGCCAACAACGUCCUAUCGGUAUUUAUCCCGAAAUCAAACACAGUACUUAUUUCCGCCGUUUGAAUCUGCCAAUGGAAGAUCUCGUGGUUGAAACAUUCCAUGAGAACGGUUAUACUGGUGCUUCCGCCCCCGUCUACAUUCAGUCCUUCGAGGUAAACAAUUUGAAAUAUCUGAAAACGAUCACAGAUCUCAAACUGUUGCAACUCUACGACAGUAAUCCUUCUGACCAGCCUUUUGAUCAAGUUGUUAGCGGAACUGAUCUUACAUACGGCGAUAUGGCAAUGCCCGACGGACUCAAAGAAGUAGCUAAAUAUGCCUUUGCUGUUGGACCUGAUAAAAGUUAUAUCAUACCGCGUAAUCGCGACAACACUCUGGGCGAACCCACGAGCUUUGUUCAAGAUGCCCACGCGGCAGGUUUAAAAGUUCAUCCGUACACAUUCCGAGCAGAGAAUACGUUCUUACCUAAGGAGUUUAGGAGUAAAAACCCUUCGAAGGCUGCAAUUGGAAAUUUGUAUGGCGAGUUGAGAGCUUUCUUUGCAACAGGCAUUGAUGGUUUGUUUUCAGACCAACCAGACAAAGCUGUAGCUAUAAGAGAAAACUGCAUACAUUCCUAAAAAAAAGAAUACAUCUUACUAUUACAACAAAGUCUGCACAGUAUUUGUAAGUAACCAAAAGUGAGUGAGGUGGAAAGACAAUUAAACAUAAUUAUUAUUCUAAAAUA